GCGUCUCUAGUGAAGUGGAGGCGGUGCUGCGGCGGGUGACCUGUUGCCGGCCGGCAAGUGCCGGCUUUGGGCCGCGGCGGUCUCGAGGAGUUGAGCGGAGAAUGCCAGAGCCGCAUGCGGAGGCCAGACUGGCGUAAGGGUGGCAAAGAGGAGCGACGGGGGCGCUGCCGCUGGGCCUAGACGGUGGGUGGCUCGGGCCCGCGCUGGCGUGUGGUGGGUUCAGGAGGCCUCCGGAGCCAAGAGGACUACGCGGGACCUUCCAGCCCCAGGCUCCACUCCUGGGCUUCCCACGGCGAGAGUGGAGCUGCGCUGAACCCUUGUUCCUUAGGGACUAAGGACCCCGGCGGCACCUGGGCCUUUUCUUUGAGGGAAUUGGAAACACCGCACGAUGAGGAGCCGGAGUAACUCGGGAGUCCGGCUGGACGGUUACGCUAGGCUGGUGCAUCAGACCAUCCUGUGCCAUCAGAAUCCAGUGACCGGCUUGCUUCCAGCCAGCUUUGAUCAGAAAGAUGCCUGGGUCCGGGAUAAUGUGUACAGCAUCUUGGCCGUGUGGGGUUUGGGUCUGGCCUAUCGGAAGAAUGCAGACCGGGAUGAGGAUAAGGCAAAGGCCUACGAACUGGAGCAGAGUGUAGUGAAGCUGAUGAGGGGACUGCUGCACUGCAUGAUCAGACAGGUGGAUAAAGUAGAAUCCUUCAAGUAUAGUCAGAGCACCAAGGAUAGCCUCCAUGCCAAGUACAACACCAAGACCUGUGCCACAGUAGUGGGUGAUGACCAAUGGGGACACCUGCAAUUGGAUGCUACUUCUGUGUACCUGCUCUUUUUAGCACAAAUGACUGCUUCAGGCCUCCAUAUCAUCCACAGCCUAGAUGAAGUCAACUUCAUACAGAACCUUGUGUUUUACAUUGAAGCUGCAUAUAAAACUGCUGACUUUGGGAUUUGGGAACGUGGAGACAAGACCAACCAAGGUAUCUCAGAAUUGAAUGCCAGUUCAGUUGGAAUGGCCAAGGCAGCCCUGGAAGCAUUGGAUGAACUGGACCUUUUUGGUGUGAAAGGUGGGCCUCAAUCGGUUAUCCACGUCUUGACUGAUGAGGUGCAGCACUGCCAGUCUAUUCUGAACUCGAUACUUCCCCGGGCUUCAACAUCCAAAGAGGUUGAUGCUAGUCUACUUUCAGUUAUUUCCUUCCCAGCCUUUGCAGUAGAGGAUAGCCAGUUGGUAGAGCUUACAAAACAGGAGAUCAUCACCAAGCUUCAGGGUCGUUAUGGUUGCUGUCGCUUUCUAAGAGAUGGAUAUAAAACUCCUAAAGAGGAUCCCAAUCGUCUGUACUAUGAACCAGCUGAGCUAAAGUUAUUUGAAAACAUUGAGUGUGAAUGGCCAUUGUUCUGGACGUACUUUAUCCUUGACGGGGUCUUCAGUGGCAAUGCAGAACAGGUUCAAGAGUAUAGAGAGGCCCUUGAAGGAGUCCUUAUCAAGGGCAAAAAUGGAGUCCCACUUCUGCCAGAGCUGUACAGUGUUCCUCCUGACAAGGUGGAUGAAGAAUAUCAGAAUCCUCAUAGCGUGGAUCGAGUCCCGAUGGGCAAGUUGCCUCACAUGUGGGGUCAGUCCCUAUACAUCUUAGGAAGCUUGAUGGCAGAGGGAUUUUUAGCUCCUGGAGAAAUUGAUCCCCUGAAUCGUAGGUUUUCUACUGUACCAAAACCAGAUGUUGUGGUUCAAGUGUCAAUUCUAGCUGAGACAGAAGAGAUCAAGGCCAUUUUGAAGGACAAAGGAGUUGAUGUGGAGACCAUUGCUGAGGUGCACCCCAUCAGAGUACAACCAGCUCGGAUUCUCAGCCACAUUUAUUCCAGCUUAGGUUGCAACAGUAGAAUGAAACUCAGUGGACGACCCUACAGGCACAUGGGAGUCCUUGGAACUUCAAAACUCUAUGACAUUCGAAAAACUAUCUUUACUUUCACUCCACAGUUCAUAGACCAGCAACAGUUCUACCUGGCUCUGGACAACAAGAUGAUAGUAGAAAUGCUUAGAACAGACCUCUCCUACCUCUGUAGCCGUUGGAGGAUGACAGGGCAGCCCAUCAUCACCUUCCCCAUCUCACACACCAUGCUUGAUGAAGAUGGAACCAGCUUGAAUUCAACUAUCCUGGCAGCACUCCGAAAAAUGCAGGAUGGCUAUUUUGGUGGGGCAAGGGUUCAAACUGGUAAAUUGUCAGAGUUCUUGACAACUUCUUGCCGCACACACUUGAGCUUCAUGGACCCUGGGCCUGAGGGUAAGCUGUACAGUGAUGAUUAUGAUGACAGCUAUAAUGAGCUGGAAUCUGGCGACUGGAUGGACGGCUUUGAUUCAAGUAGUAAUGUUCGCUGUGGUGAUGAAGUUGCUCGUUAUUUAGAUCACCUUUUGGCACACACUGCUCCCCAUCCUAAACUACCCCCUACCUCACAGAAGGGAGGGCUAGAUCGGUUCCGAGCUGCUGUGCAAACAACCUGCGACUUAAUGUCCUUGGUGACCAAGGCCAAGGAGCUGCAUGUGCAGAAUGUUCACAUGUAUCUUCCUACAAAGUUAUUUCAGGCUUCCCGGCCUUCACUCAACUUACUUGGCUCAUCUCAUCCUCCACAGGACCAGGUUCCCUCCGUUCAUGUAGAAAUACAUCUUCCUAGAGACCAAUUUGGGGAGGUGGACUUUAAAGCACUGGUUUUACAGUUAAAGGAGAGCUCAAGUUUACAGGAGCAAGCUGAUUCGCUCUACAUGCUGUAUACCAUGAAAGGACCUGACUGGGAUACUGGAUUGUAUGAUGAAAGAAGUGCUACAGUCAGAGAGCUUCUUACUGAACUAUAUGGCAAAGUUGGAGAAAUUCGACACUGGGGCCUAAUCCGAUACAUCUCUGGGAUCUUAAGGAAGAAGGUGGAAGCCCUGGAUGAGGCCUGCACAGACCUUCUCUCUCACCAGAAACAUUUGACAGUGGGACUCCCCCCAGAACCUCGAGAAAAGACCAUCUCUGCACCUCUGCCCUAUGAAGCACUCACUCAGCUGAUAGAUGAAGCCAGCGAAGGGGACAUAAGCAUGUCAAUCCUUACACAGGAAAUAAUGGUAUAUCUAGCCAUGUAUAUGCGAACUCAGCCUGGCCUCUUUGCUGAAAUGUUUCGACUUCGAAUUGGUCUGAUCAUACAAGUUAUGGCAACAGAACUAGCCCACUCCCUUCGAUGCUCAGCUGAGGAAGCCACAGAGGGCCUGAUGAAUCUCAGUCCUUCAGCUAUGAAGAGCCUCCUUCAUCACAUUCUCAGUGGCAAGGAGUUUGGCGUGGAGCGAAGCGUUCGCCCCACUGAUUCAAAUAUCAGCCCUGCUAUUUCUAUCCAUGAGAUUGGUGCCGUUGGAGCAACCAAAACUGAACGAACUGGGAUCACGCAGUUAAAAAGUGAGAUAAAGCAGGUGGAAUUCCGUAGACUGUCUAUCUCAACUGAGAGUCAGCCCAAUGGUGGUCAUCUCCUGGGUAUAGAUUUGAUAUCACCAUCUUUUCUGUCACCUGGAAUCUCUAUGGCUUCAAACAGUGGGUCCUUUCCUAGCACAUAUGGUCAACAGACAUCUGUAGAUAACCGUCAAGGUCAGUGGCAACGCCGAAGAAGGCUGGAUGGAGCACUGAACAGGGUUCCAAUUGGAUUUUAUCAAAAAGUAUGGAAAGUUUUGCAGAAGUGUCAUGGACUUUCUGUGGAAGGCUUUGUACUUCCUUCUUCCACCACUAGGGAGAUGACUCCAGGUGAGAUUAAAUUCUCUGUUCACGUGGAGUCUGUCCUGAAUCGUGUACCUCAGCCUGAGUAUCGUCAACUUCUGGUUGAAGCCAUCCUUGUCCUCACCAUGCUGGCAGAUAUUGAAAUUCAUAGCAUUGGAAGCAUCAUUGCUGUGGAAAAAAUAGUGCAUAUUGCCAAUGACUUAUUCCUUCAAGAACAGAAAACCCUCGGUGCAGAUGAUAUCAUGUUGGCAAAGGAUCCUGCAUCUGGCAUCUGUACUCUUCUGUAUGACAGUGCACCCAGUGGCAGGUUUGGCACCAUGACCUACCUCUCCAAAGCAGCUGCCACCUACGUGCAGGAGUUCCUGCCCCACAGCAUCUGUGCAAUGCAGUGAGGGCUUUGGGUCCUGGCUGCUGGGAGCCUUGUGACAGUUGGUCUCUGCCUCGGUUGAUUAUGCAUGGAACUGAAAUGUUAUUGCCUGAUCACUUCCACCCUACCACCUUUCCAUCCCGUCCCUCCCAAGAAGUAAAACUUUACCUGGAGGCUCCCUUCUAGCGUGCAUAUGCUCAAGAAGACAUUUCAUUGUUGGCCUUAAUUCUUUCAUGGUUCAUAGAAGUUUGUGUGUGUUUUUACUCUGUAGAUCUGUUACCAGCUUAGUUUUCUAAUUCCUAUUUGUUAAGAAGAUAUUAGUAAUAACUGAUUCCUAAAUUUUGGGUUUUCCUUUUCUGUGGUUUUAUUGUGAGUAUGAGGGCUGGGUGCAUUGGGACAUUAUUUCAAAAGAGUAAACCCUAAUAUGUUGGAUUUUAUGCCACUAUAAAUUGGAAAUUGGAAAUAUCUAUUCUCAGUGCCUUUUCUUGGGACACGAGAGUAUUGGAUCAUGGUUUCCUUCUUUAUUCACAUGUUGCCCCACACUGAAUAAUGGAGUCGUUUCUGUGUAGAAUUAUUGUCUCUGCUUUUGCCUUCUCUAUAUCUACUCACAAUUCCUACUUUCACUUUGGUGAAAUAUUAAAAAAUGCAAGUGCAGUGUGUUUAUUUAAGGAUUUAUGUAUUAAGACAAAAUCACAUUAUGAAGAUUGCUAGUAUAUUUGCAUCAGAAAAUACAGAAUGACCCAGAGAAAUGGAGCCAGGAACCUAGUUCCUGAGAGAAAGGGGAAAGAAGAUGCCUGAGUAAUGUCUUACACAUAGGGAGCAGAGAGGGAAUGAGAGGUAGAUUAAUUCCCUGAAGAGAGCCUCGUACACCUAAUCCUUGUCUCUGAAGAGUGGGCCAAUACAGAAAACACAGAGAAUAAUUGAAGCCUCUGGUUCUUGCAAAGAGAAAUCCAGCAAUCUAGAUUAUAGCUGCUUUACUGAACACUCCUUUCUUGUGUUCUCUAUCUCACUCACCUACUUACUUUCUACAGCAUCCAGCCCCUCCAACUCCUUGCCUCCCCCAUCUAGUCACAAACUCUUUCACUUAUAUUUUCACUUCCUAAUUCUAGUAUUUACAUCUAUAUAUAUAUAUAUAUAUAUAUAUAUAUAUAUAUAUAUAUUGGUAUCUGUGGGCAUAUAUCUGUUUAUUGUAAACACCUGCAUUUGCAUGUGUGUCUAAGCAUACAUGGGAAUUUUUCUGAAUGUCAUAAGUUUUGAUGUGUGUGUAUACAUUUGAAUGUGAGUAAGUAUGUAAAUAUGAAUGUUGUGUGAGGGGACUGUGUGACUGUGGCCUCAGGCUGACACACAAAGAAUAAUAUGAUAAUAUCUUAAGUCCUGUUUUCUGGUCCCAUGUAUAGGUAGCCUUGUUUGGAGAAUGUUUCUCCACAAUUUUUUCUCCUCUUAAUUUGAGGGCAAAGAGUUUGCUAAUUUCUCUGUUAUACUCAGACAGCUUCUUACUUCACUCCCCUCCUUCCUCUCAGAUUUUGCUAGUUUCUCUCCAAGGAUGGGAAUGGGGAGGGUAAGGAAGGAGGACUCUCUAAGCAGUUUGUACAGAACCAGUGACAGUCUUAUGAAUACAUGUGAAUAAGUGAGCAUAGUAGAGUGGUAGAAAACAGAUGGUGGAAACAAAGAGAGGAUGGCCAACCUUUUCAAUACCUCUUUUAAAGCAAAUGAAAACACACGGUGAGUAGCUUUCUGAUUACAUGGUUUUCUGGUGAAUUUUAAAGAAAAUUUACAACCUCUCUGAAAAUGUUUGUCUUUUCACUGUCUGCAAGUGUAUCCCAGUCACAGGGAAUACAUCUGGAGUACCACAGGUAAAAACCACAAUUCCCUCCCACACUAAUUUGCCUGAACUGACACUGAUGGCUGCCCUUCUGGGUUUAGUAAAUUGUCUAUUACUAUGAUCCCCAUACAGUGAUUUUUAAUCUUUAAAGCAACUUUUUAAAACAUCUGUUUGUAUUUUGUUCAUUUUAAGUGCAUGAUACUAACUAAAGAUGUGUUAGACUUUUGUUAGAA